CACAAUCAUUCUGCAGGCGCAUCUUCAUCCUCUUCCUCAUCUUUAUCAUGACCAGCUGGACCAGCAUGCUUGUGUUAACCCUAACCCUCCUCUGCAGCGCCGGGACCCCUGGACUCUGCUGUGACUGGCUCCAACACUAUGGACACCUGAGCAACGUGUCUCUGACUCUCGUCCAAACCAUGGGCAAUCAGCUGACUGAUGAGGAGAGUCCAGUCUCCUUCCCGUACCGACUCUACGAACGCAUAAUGAACGAUAAGGAAGACAACCAGUUGGUUUUCAUCAGAGACAGUCUGGAGUUGAUGGCUAAGCUCUAUCGCCAUGACAACCGCUCCUCUGUUACCUGGGAUGCAAACAAGAUGGAACGCUUCCUGAUGAUCAUCCACAGACAAAUACACGGACUGAACCUUUGUGUGUCAACUCAAAUCACAAGAAACACCCGCCUGAGGAGGUACUACCGCAGACUGGAGAAGAAAACUCUGUACAGCACUGGGGGUAGUCCUGCAUCCUGGGAGCUGAUAAGGAAGGAGAGUAAACUGCAUCUGGAUCAGUUGAACCAGCUGUGGGGCUUCAUGGUGGAAUCAGCUUCAGCCAGCAGGGGGCGAUCUAAAGCCAAUCGACCGCAACACUGAUACAUCUUUAUGCUAUUUAUUUAUUUAUUUAUCUAUUUAUUUAUAUUUAUUUUCUAUUUAUGAGCCAAACUACAAAGUGCUAUGCAUAAGAGCAAUCAUACAUGCUGAUAAAGUGCUAUCUAGUUCAGGUAGAGUGGGUAAAGGUAUACCUCAUUACAUUACAUUACAUUACAUUACAUUAC